AUGUUAAGUAAAGAAGGAUUUUUAGGAGUGUCACUCAUCCUUAUUGCCAUAGGAACAGGAGGAAUAAAAGCUAACCUGUCUCCAAUGGGCGCAGAUCAAGUGAAGGAACAAGGGGAGCAAAUGGUGCAGAAAUUCUUUAAUGCGUUUUACUGGUUCAUCCAAAUUGGUAGUAUACUUGCUUUUACAGUUGUUGUGUACGUUCAACAAGAAGUGUUAUUUUUUUACGGUUAUCUGAUAUUAGCAGUUUCAAUGACUUUAGCAACCAUUCUGCUGCUUAUUGGAAGAAGGAGCUACAAACUGCACCCUCCGGAGGGCAGUUACUUAACUGACACAUUACGUAUCAUUGGUAAAGGCUUGAAAAACUACUUCUUUUGUAAGCGGAGAUCUUCGGCUCUAAUGAGCCACUGGCUUGAUGGUGCAAAAGAAUCAAAAGGAGGAACUUUCUCUGAAGAAAUGGUUGAAGGUGUCAAGUCCGUGGUUCAGCUGAUCCCGAUCUUUUUAACUUUUAUAUUCUACUGGACAAUAUAUGGGCAGGUGAGAGCGACUCUUUUGUAAACUUAUUGCUUUUUCAUGUCAUUCAGCAAUACUAAGGCUCUUAUAGGAGCGCAUGAAGAGGAGAAUGUGUGACAAUGGAGGCUCCUUAUAGAACUUUUUGUUUCAGCCUGUUCCACAUUUUCAUUUGUUUUGCGGCGUUAAUUAAUCAUGGUGGGGCUAAUCCGACCACUCCUCAAAUCGGUUAUAAAAUUGAUUAAUUUACAAAGACUUUGUUGGCUUUUGCCUUUUAUCUACCAGAUCGUCGUGGCCUUCAAAUAUGAAUAUCAGGCCAAUCGAAUUAAAUUUGGGUAUAUGAUGGCACCGAUCAAAUGUUUGAUGUCUCAGAUUACGCCAUUCAUACGUCAGUUUUAAACUUCCACAUUUUUAUACGAAAGCACCUUUCAAGGGGAGAAAAACUCUGAAAAAAUUUACCGUAUCACAAUUAUUGGCAGAGAUAAAACAUUUUGAAUUUUGGAAUGUUUGUAGCACAGAUAGGAGGUACUCCUUCUCCCCCUCCCCCUAGGUAUAAUAAUUCUUCUUCAUAGAGAGGUAUUUUAUCGUUGUGUCGUCAUUUAAGUUGUGUGUUUACCGUUGAAAGCUAAAAGAAAAUUGACAAAAUGGAAAACGGGGAUUUCUACCAUUGCUAGAACUACCCGUAGACCACAGUAAGAAGUCCCGUGAUCCUUUUAAAAUCAAAUUUGCCAGGCUGAGCGUUUUCUUGCCACUAUUAAAGGUUUAUGUUACCGGAAGAUCAACUUAAAAUUAACAAAAAAAAAUUGGCGAAAAUUCAAUGGACACAAAUUCAUUGGAGAAACUAUGGUGCUGGGGCGGCAAUUAAAUUUCUUUGAAGUCUCAUAACUGGAGUUAUAUGUAUGGUAGCGAGAAAAACAAAAACCCGUUUUUUUUCUUUACCCAGCUACUAAGGUUCUUUAACUUCUAGUGAUAUGCCAGUGAUUUAAGUUUGCCUACGAAAAUUAACAUUAAUUUUCAUUAAACCUCUUUGGGGACGUCUUUUUUUUGGUUGUGACUUCAAACAAAAUAUCUAUCGUUUCAUUAUUUUAUCAACAAUCGGAGACUAUCUGGCAAAAUUGGUAAAGAAAAAUAAAAAUGUGUAAAAUUACCCCAAAUAAGCAAUUUGAGGGAUGGUUUGGCUCCUGAAUGAAACAAACAAACAAACAAAUAAACAAAAAGUGAAAUACGUUUAUUUGUUAUUUGUUAGUCACUACAUUUAACUUCUGUGUUAUAUUUGUGCUUUUUCGAAACCUUAGUUGAUUUGUUUUUUUUUAGUGUUUUACCACGUUUGUCCUUCAAGCUUCCUACAUGAAUUUAAAAGUUUCAGGGCAAACAUCACUUCCCGCGGCCUCACUGAAUCUGUUUGAAAACAUUCCCCUGCUUGUUCUUAUUCCAUUUAUCGACCGAGUGGUGUACCCAGGUCUGCACCGUCUUGGCUUUAAUUUGACCCCACUACGCAGAAUUGGUGUUGGGUUGCUGUUCGCCGCGGGCUCAGUUGCUUUAGGAGGAAUUAUCGAAGUGGAAAGGAAACACGUCUUACAAACUAACGGAACGUUUAAACAAGACUUGUUCAAUAAAACCGUGAACGCAUCCACUAUGAGUGUGUUUUACCAAGUACCUCAGUACAUCUUACAAGGAGCAAGCGAGGUUCUGGUUGGCGUUACAGGUAACAGUCCACAUCUAUAUUUGGAAUUUCAACUUUACAGAAUCUUGAUAGUAAAUUUACAGAGCGGCAGUAACAAAUAGCCCAACAAUGUCGUUUCAGGACGGGCAGGGAAUUUUAAUAUGUUAAGAAACAUUUAGUCAAUAAGUUCUUUCCUCGGGUCUUCACUGCUCUCAAUAAAAGUCACCCUCCCUGCUAAGAAAAAUUUAAAAUAAAAAAUUCUCUUGGCUGGCAUGUGUAACUGGCGGAUAUGAAAUAUUGGUGAAGCCACGAUAUCAUGAAAAAACAACAUGGCGUCUAUAAAACGAAAGCUAAACGACACGGAAGACAUAAAUAGUAGUGUAUUUGAUCAGGAUAAGAUUGACUGAACUUUCUGGAGAAGUACAUGGAAGUAACGACUAUAUUUUCUAGUCAUCGUAGAAUUAUUAGAAUUUGUUAGACGGAAGACUCACAGUAACACUGAUUCCAAUACUCAGACCAAAGUCAACUCUGGCCCUGUUAGGACAGCGACUAUACCGUACAUCAGAGGCACCUCUGAAACUAUCGCACUUCAACCUUACAAUGUGCGUGUUGCUUACAAACCGACAACCACUUUACGACAACUAUUUACAAACCGGAAGACUGACAGGGAAAGGGUGAGAAAACUGGUAAAUACUGCGUCAGACUACUAUAUUUUAGUAAAAUCCAACUACAGUGGAACCCCGAUAUAACGAUAUACCAAGGGAGCAGUGGAAUUAGAUCGUUAUAUCGAGGUAUCGUUAUAUCGAGACUCCCGAUAUAACGAUAUUAUCGUAAAAUAGCCGAAAAUAUCGUUAUAUUGGGGUAAAAUUAACAUGUACUUUUUUUACUACAUAUUGUUUCAUUAAACUUGUAAUGAGUAUCAAAUGACUCACAAAUGUAGCGUUUCAAGCACGCAGCAAUGUCCUUAAACAAUUUGCAAAGCAUUAAGACGUUAUCAAGGUUACACAACAAAGUCUGUGGUAUGAAUCGUAAAAGGGAAACAAAACAAAACUUAAACAUUGGAAGUUGCGACUGUAAUCGUCUUUACUUUUCGCUGUUUGCGUGUUCAUUGUUUUUCUUUUUUAACAGACACUUGUUCGUUAAUUAAAGUACUCUUCAAGUUUGGUUUGCCUCAUUUGUUUUAUUUGCAAUCUUGAAAACGCAUCCUGCAUCGCUGAAAGAGAGGAAAGGAAUUCUCUCUCUCGGUCGCCCGAGUCAUCCAACGUGAUAAUAAAAUCUCUAAUUGCUUUGACAGCUUCAGUAGCUUGCACAGGAGUCAGGCCUAGGGGCGUAGGUUCAAUCACUGAUAUAUCAUCAUCAGAGUCUGAGUCGUCCCCUUGAGAGCUAGCAUGCGCGACUAUAUCUGUGUACUGUUACUGUAAUAUCAUUAUAUCGGGGAAGAUUUUACGCUCGGUGCGCUAAAAACUCAUCGUUAUAUCGGGAAUAUCGUUAUAUCGAAGAUCAUUAUAUCGGGGUUCUGUCCCAUACAUUUUACUGUAACUUUUACCGGGACAUAGCAUAUCUAUCGUUAUACCGGGGAUAUCGUUAUAACGAGGAUCGUUGUAUCGGUGUUCUACUGUAGUGGUCUAUUAUCAAUGCUGCGUUCUGAUUGGUUGAGUUACUACUAGGCUAUUUGUUAUAGCUCACUAGUACCGAAAAGCGCGGGCUUUUUUGGCGGCAAAAAAGGGUUAAAGUCUAGCUUUAACUAGCUAAAAUAUUUUUAUUCUCGAUAUUUUUGACCAACUAGUUGGAUUUUACUAAAACAAUUAUUCCUCUCGCGCGCAUGGCCUCUGAGUCAAUAGCCCAUUCGGCCUCGAGGAAUAAUUGAUAGGCAAACUAACUUGAAAGUAAGUGUACUAGAUGUUGAGGCCUUAAUUUAUACGAGUGCAAGUGUUCUUUUACUGGCUUUUAGUAAAAUGCUAAAUCGUUUAACACUGGAUAACUUUGUUUAGCCAAAAUGAAACAGUACUUAAUCUUAAACUUCUCCCUACACUAAAGGCUGUCUUAGUUCCAUUGCCCCUAUGUUUGAUAUUUAGAACAGCAUCGCAACUACGGAUGCCAUCCCUACAUACAAAAAUGCACAGGCAAGAUUGGGACCAUGGCAGCCUUGAUUACAAAAUGUAAAUACCGUAAAAUCCCACGUCAAAGCCCUAGUCUUAUAGAACUUCAUAAGGGGUUUUGGGUGGGCUUAUAAACGGGUGGGGGGGGGGGGGGCUUAUAUCUGGGGGUCAUAUAAGCGGAAUGAAAAAAUAUUUCGGAACGGCGAGAUAAAACGUAUCUGAGCAACAAAUUAAAGCAAACAUACCGUUACAUUUAGUGUUACAUUUAUAAUACAUUUAUCGUGCGUCAUUCCAAAACACUGGAGUUAAACAGUUGUGUUGGGAAUGAACAGUGGAGCAGAACUCGUAGCGUUGUUACAUAUGCAUAAACAUUUGUUUCUUUCUUUGGUAUCAAUAUAAUUAUUGUUCCAAAGUUCACAGCCACUUGUUUAUGCCUACAACUUUAGAUUGAAAAUUUUGAUGUUUGUAAAGAAACGCGAAAAGAGCACAUUUAUACAUUAGAUGGGCUUUUAAACGGGGGGGGAGCCUAUAUCCGGAAUAAUAUCUUCGUUAGCAAGUCGAUGGGCUUAUAUCCGGGGGGGGGGGCUUAAAACCGGGGGGGCUUUAACGUGGGAUUUUACUGUAAUCACUUAAAUACAACAUCAAAAUUUCACAGGCAAUAUAAUAGUUGCACUUUACACCCAGAGUGUGGGGGUCGUGGACUAGAAAGGAUUGUAGUGAUAAUUAACAGACUGUAAUCUAAUGAAAGAGGGACCGUGAAGUAUAGUAGCACCACAUCUGAAUUUCAGUCCCCCAAAAUUUUGAUAAGUUCAAUUAUAGAAACCCCCUUCGUCGAACGUAAUACCCCACUGAAUAGACAAGCGGGGGAAUUCAUGUUGACGUUUCUUCUUUCAGGUCUCGAAUUCGCUUAUACUCAGUCCCCUGCUGACCUUCGCGGCGUAGUCAUGGGUUUGUGUCUCGCAAUGAUUGGUUUUGGCUAUUACUUAGCAUCAGCGUUGGCUUCCAUUGUUAAACACGCAUCAAAUGGUGAUUGGUAUCCUGAAAACCUCAACAAAGGAUAUCUGGAAUACUACAUGUUCCUGUUGGCUGGGCUUAUGUUAGUGAAUGCCUCUGUGUUUCUGUUUUUAGCAGUUAGGUAUCGAUAUUUAAAUCAUGAUCGUGAAAUGAAUGUAACUUGUCCGAGGACGAUCUUCACAGAGAUUACUGUGAGUGACCUACAAAGGGACUCUAGAGUUAUAGCGACAGCCCUCAUGUAGACUAAAAUCGGUUACCUCUGUUGGUGCACCUGCAUGGAGGUCUAGGGAGAGGCCAGACUGGUACUGUGCUGCAGCUAGUUUUUUUUUUUUUUUGCACUUUUUUCAUCAAAGUCAUAGCUAACCCUGACAGAGGUAUUGCUAUCGGUACUGAACAUUUUACUCAUAACGUGGUUACCGGGGACGUUUUUGCACGAUUUUGUCGUGUGGUGGUGGUAUGGAUAUCUUCUAGAACUGGGUGGGGGCUCAAAAUGCAAGAAACAAUACGUUACGCAUAUAUUUUUAAAGAAAUGUUUGCAUGGAUAGUACAGUGGAACCCCGCCUUACGACCACCCCGUUUAUAAGACCACCUCGUUAUUACGGCCAUAUUCUUUCAAACCAAAAGUAACAACCAUUGAGUCAUUUUCUUAUUUCAAAGACCCCGUUAAUGCGACCACCUCGUUAUUACGACCAGGAUUUUAUGGCCCAACGGUGGUCGCAUUAACGGGGUUCCACUGUACAAAAUUUAUUUCGGAGACAAGUUGAGGAUUUUGGACAGGCAGUCUUUAAAACAAAAAAUCAUUAUUAGUGCCUAUAACCUAAGAAUUUUUAUUCCUUUAAUUCGAGAAGAUUUUGCCGUCUGAACGCAUGAAAACUUUCAAAUUUGCCGCCAUUUUGGCAUUCCAUUCUUCUCAGUCUUUUCUCGGAGCAGUUGACCAGCACCGUUUCAAAGUGGCACUCUGAUUGGUCCGUUUUGCCUCGCAGUGAGUGUUUCCGUACCAGACUGUACCGAGUCGAUCACAACAAAACACGAUACCUAUUUCAACCUCCUUUUGUUUCGCGUCUGCUUCACUCGCUAGAGAUUUCAUUCCGUCACAGUGGUUGCAUUCCUUAAAGGACUACACAAUUGUUACCCCAAAAUACGUAUCCCCUGGAUAGUGCCUUUCCCGAUAGAAAUGCCUUCCCUGUGAUGCUUUUAGCAUAUCUUAUGAAAGCUAAGUUUAAUGAUAAUAGUAGCUUCUAGUUUAUUAUUCGGUAUUCCGAGUUAGGAGUGAUACUUUUUUUCGGUACAACUCGUACACUCGGUACAGUUGGUUCACUGAGUACAGCCAGCACACCCGGUACACUCCUUGUAUUAUGCUCGGUGGCUCGGUACACUCGGUACAGUCGGUAAGCGCGGUAUAACGAUCUUCUCGUAUACUGACAGCAGUAGCUGUUGUGAAAGGAGGAUUCUUUGAGAUCGAAUUUACUUCAUACAUCAAGGCACACAACACGUGUUCUGAUGAUGUUGAAGACAUGCGCAAAACAUAGGAAACCGAAGGUAAGGGGCCAAAAAGUUGGUUGGCUAUUGAAUUUAUCAAGUAGAGUCUUAUUACCAGUGAGAAAUAAUAUUUAUGCGUACGAGCUGGCCAAUCAGAGGGCCGCUUUGGAUCGGUGCCGGGCAGCCCUCUCGGAAGCCACUCGGAAACGAAGGAGCUGUGACGUAGAUUAAGGAACUAUGACGUAAAUUAAGCAAUACGUAACUGAAACAGCUGUUAAAAGGCAAAAAAUGCCAGUAAGAUGUGUUGCAGUUAGAUGCGGCAACACUGGCGACUCUAAGAAAGGGGUUCAAGCAUCCAAAAAAGUACCGUUUUUCAGUUCCUGAAGUUAUGUCUCAUGAGCCUGUCAAUCUUGUGAUCAGCGCAACAGAGUUUGCAAAAGAACCAUGAUUGCGUUAAAAUCGCAAAAUGUUCCCGCUGAGGUUCGUGCAGUAAUGUGUAAAUUUGUACGUCACCGGCACUUGAGCCUUGAUUUCAAAUGGAUAGUCAGAAGAAGUAGGAAUAAGUAGGCUUCGAUAACGGAUGAUCUGAAUAAUCGCACUUAAAUCAACUGAGUCACUGUAAAAAAAAUUCGAUCUAUCUACGUCAUAGAUCUCGAGUCCUGUACUUCUAGGACAGAGCGUCCUUGGAGGUGGACAUCGAUCUCGAAAGUUUCUCGAAAAGUCUGCCAUUAAUUUCGCCCGAACCCAAGCGUUUACUUUAACCUUCG